GUUAUAAAAUUUCGAGCGACUAGUAUUGAAUUCCCCGGAAAACCCGAUGUUGAAAUGUAUUCAUGAUUACUUAUUUUUGUAUUGUCUUAACGAAUGAAUAUUCAUUAAUCCAAAUUAUAUAUCGUCCUAAUUUUGUCUACUUUGAAUUCCUGUAAGCCUUAGCGAACAAAGAGAAGGGGAGCAUUAUGUCCCACUACUAUCGUAAGUACCUUAGGCUACCGUGGAUGCAAAACACACGAUGGUCCAACUCGCACUUGAUUAUUGUGACGUUACUAGCUGUAACAGCCCGAAAUCUCAGCCUUCUGAGAAGAACCCUAGAUCGAUUGGGUGCAGCUGGAGCAAGGAUCUUAGGCCAUUGUUGGUUAUAGAAGAGUGGUUGUGCAAGGAAGAGAAAGGAUUGGCUAAAGGAGCAGCAAGGGGUCACAUUCUGAGGAUUGGGAAUAUAGAGAAUACAUCAUCCAGGGAGGUUGUAGCUCGUCGGUUGUGCACGAGUCAUUUCGGGAUUUGCUAGCGUUCAGCUUCUACGAGGUACUAGCGAGGACCGUGGGAAGGCGCCGGCAUGAUCGAUACACACUGAAGAUUGUCUUUAUGAUCUUGGGAUUUUGAAUAAUUGUAUUUGACAGAAUAAUUAAACUAUUUAUGCCUUGUUUAAAAUAGAAACAAUUAUGUUUUUAAAAAUGAAAAAUUUGUUUGAAAAAUUUGAGUUGUUACAAUUGGUAUCAGAGCCUUGGUUUGAGGGAUUCGGGUGCACCUUAGGGGGUAACUGAACUCAAACCGAGGAUUUGAGGAAGCUUUUCAAAUAAAGGCAUAAACUUUUGUAAAUGGUUUUGUGGUAAGCAAGAAAGAAGCAGUGUGUACGAUCAGUCAGCGCCCGAACGGUAAAGAUCCCCAAAAUACCUUACAAUAUUAUAUGAUAUGAAUUGUUAUGCAUGCUAGAAGACUAGGUAUUCAUGAUAGGACUAGAGUGGCCUGAUUUGUGAUGCCUUGGUCUAGGGAAGUUGCCUAUAUGAGAUGCUUUGCUAGUAUGCGGGUAGAUAGAGCGUAUCAGAAGUAGAGUACUCACUAUCCGGAGUUUGGGGAGGAGGACUUGGGAUGAACAUUGAUGCGGUGUGGUCGGUAGUAUUGGGCCCGUACUACCGAGGACACCGGGUCAGUGGGAGGCCCAAGUAAGAAUCCCUGGAUAUCUGGGACUGAGUAGGGUUGCGUAUCGAGUACGAUUAUACUCGGUAGAAUCUCUGAUAGUUUUAUGUUGUAUUUCAGAGAUAUCAUGGUUAGACCGCGUCACGGAGCAAGUACGAGCGGUGUGAGUGACGAGGAUAUUCGUCAGAUGAUCCACGAGGAGGUGGCGGCGGCGAUCCGGGCUGAGAUCCCGGAGAUGUUUGGGUCUAUCAAGACCACCCUGAUGGAGACGUUCGACGAGCGGUACGCCGCAUUGACUGAGGCUGCAACCGCUGCAGCUACCGCAGCUGUGGCCGCUGCUAGGCCACAGGGGGGUGAUUCAUUGCUGUUCCGAGAGUUCAGCAACACGAAGCCACCAGAGUUCGAUGGGACGCAGGAUCCGAUUGCUGCGAUGAGGUGGAUCGCAGAUAUAGAGGGGUGCUUCUACACUUGUUCAUGCCCGGAGCACCUGAGGGUACGGUUCGCUUUGAACCAGCUCCGUCUGGGAGCAAAGGACUGGUGGAAGUUCGUGACGGCGAACUUCACUUUGGCAGAGACUGCGGCAGUGACAUGGGAGGGGUUCACUACCAUGUUCAGGGAUGAGUACGUUCCCCCGGUGGAGCGGGAACGAUUGGUGCAGGAGUUCUUAACCCUCAAGCAGGGUACUGAUUCGGUGGCGGCGAUCACGCGGAAGUUCCAUGAGAGGGCGAUGUUUUGCCCCGAGCUGGUGGCCACAGAGCAGGCUCGGAUGAGCCGGUACUUGGGUGUUCUGAGGAGGGAGAUCCGGGAGUUUGUGUCAAACUCCACUUACCAUACUUUUACUGAGCUUCAGGCGAAUGCCAGGAAGCGUGAGAUCGAGUUAGAGACUCAGGCCAGGGAGGAGGCCGAGUCUCGGCAGGCAGACCGGCGGCCGGCUCAGUCUCAGCCGGCAGUCAAGCGGAUCAAGUCCGCCGAUUCGAGGACGGGAGGUUCGAAGAACCGCACUUGCGUAAAGUGCGGCAAGGGUCACGAUGGGGCGUGUCGAGCCGGUGCCUGCUACAAGUGCGGCAAGGAGGGGCACAUUGCUAGGGAGUGCCCCAAGGGGUUUAUGGUUUGCUUCCAUUGCAACCAGACCGGCCAUCGGAAGGCCGAGUGUCCGCAGCUUCGUCCGGUGUCUGCACCUGUUGCCAGGACUACUGAGACUCGACCGGUGAAGGUCGAGGCCCCGAGGGCUCGUGGGAGAGCCUUUCAGCUAACUGCGGAGGAGGUCCGCGCUGCGCCCGAUGUUGUGGCAGGUAUGUUGUAAUUCGUGUAAUUAUUUUAAUGCCGAUAUGUUAUGCUUAUGUUAUUAUGCGCGUAGGUACUUUCCUUGUGAACUCUGUGCCUGCCUUAGUGUUAUUUGACUCGGGUGCGAGUAGGUCCUUUGUGUCCUUAGCCUUUAGUCAGCAGAUCGGCGUUAGUCGUGAGUCGUUGAGUCGACCUUUGAGAGUUUCUAUAGCUGACGAGAAAGUGAUUCGUGCUACGGAGGUUCUUCGGGGAUGUGUACUAGAGAUUUUCGGGGUUGAAUUCCCGAUUGACCUGAUUCCUAUUGCGAUGGGGGAUGUAUGUGUUAUCGUGGGCAUGGACUGGUUGAGCCGAUUCGACGCUGUCAUCGACUGCGAGCGUCAGUUGGUGACCAUACGAGACCAUAGUGGGGGAGUUCUUUCGGUGUACGGUGAGGGUACCCGUUCAGGAACAGCUUUUUGUUCGGCCGCUAGGGCGAGGCAGUGUCUACAGCAGGGCUGUAAGGGUUUUGUGGCGUAUGUGAUGGAUACGCGGGAGGUUUCCGAGAGACCGAAGUCAGUUAAGGAGGUCCCUGUGGUGCGUGAGUUUUCAGAUGUUUUUCCCGAGGAACUGUCGGGAGUACCUCCUGUGAGGCAAGUAGAGUUUGGUAUCG